UAUUAAAAGAGCUGACAUGCGUCAAUAACCUUUGAACCUAGGUCUUCACUCUAUGAGUGCUUUUCUAGUUUUAUAAGUUCCUGAUCAUGUAUAUUUGUUCUGUGGUGAAACCAAAAGACUUACAUUAGACGCAGUUCACCUGUGGGUGACUGUGGGGGCCCUAGUGAGCAUUUUAGCCCGGGGACCUUUUCAUAUACUUAAUGCGGCCCUAUUUAAAUGUAAAAAAAUAACAGCGCCAGCCGCAUAUCUAUGAGCACCUUUUCCAAGCCAACCUAGUAAACAGUUAGAAAAUGAAUGUGCUGCAUAUUACUGUGUAAUGCGGUAAAACUUAUUCAGAUCGGUUCAUGGCUGCAGGAACCUCGCGUUUAAAAUCGCCGCCUCUUGGGAAGCGUGUGAGGGAACUAUUCGCGGCAGAAAUGUCAGAGGUAUUUGACCAUCCUCCAGCAUUUGUCUGAUAGUUUUCCUUGUGUGGUGCUGCGGGUGAAAUGUGAGCGUCACAGGGCUCACUCCUCCUCCUCGUCCUCCUCCUCCUCUGUGUCUCUGCCGGAGUAAAGUCCCUCUGAGCGGCUCUAAAACUUCAGUGUGGAGCCUGAAAGCGGAGGAAGAGGAGCCGAUAAAAACGACACGAACAGCCGCUGUCCUGUCUGUCUUUUCCUGUUCGGGUCGAGGAUUUAAUCCUCGCUUUUUAUCUUUCUGGUUUCUGCUGAGCUGAUUACCGAAGUUUCCCGACUGUCACGCUGUGUUUACGGACCUGUUUCUCGGCUUUCUCUUGGAUUAAUCUGUUUUAAGUGCGGACUUUAUGAUCUAACAUAAAAUUGCUGUCUGUAAGCAGGUAUUAUCUUUUUUUCGGAGGGAUUUUUUCGAGUUAUGUGGAAAUAACGGGGAUCACUCCGUCUCUUUCUGACAUUUUCAUGCUUAUUCCUAAAGAACACAGACUUAUUGUUUUUCCUAGUUGAGAAUAAUCAGCAUGGAUGGUUGUCCGCUGCAGGUGGUGCUUCUUUUAUGUCUGCUGGUGAUUUCCAGCUCCAGCUUUGAGAUCGGCUCCUACGACCUGGAUCGGGACCGACCGGCUAAGUGCGAGCCCAUCGUUAUCCCCAUGUGCCAGGGGAUCGGCUACAACCUCACCCGGAUGCCCAACUUCAUGCAGCACGACGACCAGGAGGAGGCUGCCAUCAAGCUGCUGGAGUUCGCCCCCCUGGUGACCUACGGUUGCGACGCGCACCUCCUUUUCGUCCUCUGCUCCCUCUAUGCCCCCAUGUGCACGGACAAAGUGUCGACCUCCAUCCAUGCUUGCAGGCCCAUGUGCGAGCAGGCCAGGGAGAAGUGUGCCCCCAUCAUGAAGCAGUUCAGUUACACCUGGCCCGACUCGCUGAACUGCUCCAAGCUGCCCACCAGGAACGACCCUAAUGCCCUGUGCAUGGAGGCCCCCGAGAACGAAACCAAGAUGGACGGUGGGAAGAAGGGUGAGGGGAUGCUUCCAGUCCCCCCGAGGCCCCGGCAGCCGGGAACCAGUGGGGCCCGCUCUCCGGGCGCAGUGGGCUCCUGUGAGAACCCGGAUAAGUUCCAGUUCGUGGAGAAGAGCCAGUCCUGCGCCCCACGCUGUUCUCCGGCUGUGGACGUCUACUGGUCCAGGCAGGACAAGGACUUUGCCUUCAUCUGGGUGACCGUGUGGUCCAUCCUGUGUUUUGUGUCCACUGCUUUCACUGUGCUGACCUUCCUGCUGGAGCCCCACCGCUUCCAGUACCCCGAGAGGCCCAUCAUAUUCCUCUCCAUGUGUUACAACGUCUACUCUGUGGCCUUCAUCAUUCGUUCAGUGGCAGGUGCGGAGAACAUCGCCUGUGAUCGGGAGCACGGAGAGCUGUACAUCAUCCAGGAGGGGCUGGAGUCCACCGGCUGCACCAUAGUCUUUCUCAUCCUGUACUACUUUGGAAUGGCGUCUUCAAUCUGGUGGGUCAUCCUUACCCUCACCUGGUUCCUGGCUGCAGGGAAGAAGUGGGGCCACGAGGCCAUUGAAGCCCACAGCAACUAUUUCCACAUGGCUGCUUGGGGCAUCCCUGCUGUUAAGACGAUCAUCAUCCUCACCAUGAGGAAGGUGGCUGGAGACGAGCUGACAGGGCUGUGCUAUGUAGGUAGCAUGGACUCUGGGGCACUCACCGGCUUUGUCCUCAUCCCACUUUCCUGCUACCUGAUCAUCGGCACAUCCUUCAUCCUCACUGGCUUCGUUGCCCUCUUCCACAUCCGCAAAGUCAUGAAGACGGAAGGCACCAACACGGAGAAGCUGGAGAAGCUCAUGGUGAAGAUCGGCAUCUACUCCAUCCUGUACACGGUGCCGGCCACCUGCGUCAUUGUCUGCUAUUUCUACGAGAGGCUCAACAUGGACUACUGGAAGCUGAGGGGCCUGCAAAUGAAGUGCGGCUCCUUCGGAGGCCACGCCGGCGACUGCUCGCUGCAGACGUCCGUGCCGACGGUGGCCGUGUUCAUGCUGAAGAUUUUUAUGUCACUGGUGGUCGGCAUCACCAGCGGGGUGUGGGUGUGGAGCUCCAAGACCCUGCAGACCUGGCAGGGCCUGUGCAGCAGGAAGUUGGCAGACAGGACUAGUGGGAGGAAGCCAUGCAGCGGCGUGAACUGUGGCAGCACGCACUGCCACUACAAAUCUCCUGCUGUGGUUCUGCACAUGGCCAAGACUGACCCGCACUCAGACAGCCCCACACAUGUCUGACGGGAAAUACACACACACUAUGUGCCCAGAUUGAGGAGUUGCUAAAAGACUUAAACUGGAACUGUUGGGUACUUCUCUAAUGCUGCCAAAGGGCACACAGGUAUCUAUAAACAGUAUUCAAACAGUACAUAAAGGGAAAUGUUUAGUAUUGUUACCCCUAUUUUUUUGUUUAUAUUGUUCUCCAGUUUUGCAAAGCGAAGAUAUAUCAAUAUAUAUGCAUAUACUGUUAAAUGGGAGGAUUUGGGGAAAUAUGUGUGUAUUUUCCUCUCUGGGUGUCAUGAUUAUCUGUAUAAAUCUGUAAAAAUUGUUUAUUUAUUGUAAAUAUAUUUAAUUUAAAGCCCACCUUGGCUCUCACAAGAGUUAUUUAGUUACAUGCAAUAAAUGGUAAGGGGAAUUAAGUGCCUUUUAGAAGAAAAUUUGACUUUUUUGGGAGAGGUUAAUAAAUUUGUGGAGUUCAUGUCAAA